GUGCGUUUUAGUCGCUUUACACAUUCUUAAAUAUCGCAGUUUGGGGUCUAGUCAAUAAAGUCUGCUCAAAAACGAAUUUCAGUACACUGUGCUUCAGUAUUUACAUCAGAUUAACCACGCUGAAUGCUGACGUCACAUUACCAAGUUCCCCAUCUCCUGCAGCACCACCAUGGCAGAUGAGGCAACUCGGAAAGCUGUGUCAGAGAUACCUCUCCUAAAAACUAACUCUGGUCCCAGAGACAAAGAGUUGUGGGUUCAGAGACUGCGAGAGGAGUACCUGGCCUUGAUUAAGUAUGUAGAAAAUAACAAGGCAGCUGACAAUGACUGGUUUCGUCUGGAGUCCAAUAAAGAAGGCACAAGAUGGUUUGGGAAAUGCUGGUUCAUCCAUGAUCUGCUAAAGUAUGAAUUUGAGGUGGAAUUCGAUAUUCCUGUCACAUAUCCUGCUACUGCCCCUGAGGUGGCGAUACCUGAAUUGGAUGGGAAGACGGCCAAAAUGUACAGGGGUGGCAAGAUCUGCCUGACAGACCACUUCAAGCCACUGUGGGCAAGAAAUGUUCCUAAAUUUGGAUUAGCUCACCUGAUGGCUCUUGGGCUUGGUCCUUGGCUGGCUGUUGAGAUACCAGACCUUAUUUCUAAAGGCAUCAUCGAACACAAAGAGCAGCAGAAUAGUUGAAAAGACCUCUGUGUGACUCAUUUCUGAAGAUGGAAUACCAAACUAGACAUGUUGUGUUUGUUUGUAAGCCCUUCCUAAUUGAGUGGCAGUAUUGACCAUUUCUCAGCAUGUGUUUUUUUUAUUAUGUACCUGAAAUUCCCUUUGUUCUUCUGUCACUAACAGAAAUCGUUAACAGGCUAGGCUAAUAAAUACGAUUUUUGGUGAGUUAAUGUAUUACUUACAUGGUGUAUGCUGUAUAUGUAAUGGGCAGUGUUUAAAAUUUAGCGCUGCCAGCCAGCUGUUGCAUCUAAUUUUUUGGGGAUGCAUUUAGCAAUUAUAUAAGACUGAGAUACAGUCAGUCACACCCACAAAAUCCUGGAAUUUGAAAUUAGAUGUUGAAAUAUUUACCAGCCACUGUCAAGGCACAAAUGUCUAUUGUCUAACAGUCAUAAUGGUUACGUGUGUAAAGAUAGAUGGUUUUACAGGGGACCAGCUUAAUUUAGGCUACAGGCACUUGUAAAUCUUAAGAAAAAAAUGUCUCUCUCGGAAAUGACCAUAUGUUCACAUGAUUAUUCACGCAACUUUUUUUUUAGCAUUUCAAUUUGGGUCAUUUAACUGUAAAAAUGUAAAAUAUGGUGUCAGAAUAGUUUUCCCAAUGGUCAUACCUGACUUAAUAAAUUACCUAUAUUGUAAUGAAAA